UGCUCCCAUCCCAUCACUCACCUUCUUUCUCCUCCUCCCUCUUUUCGUCUCAGACUCCUUUUCUCUCUUUCUCCUCCUCCCUGUUCUGCUGUCCAGACACACACACUCCUGGAGUCUGCAGUGUGCUGCCGGUCUGCGAGCUGGAGAGACACUCAGACACACUUCAGAGGAUCCUUUGGGGACAAACUUUGGGCACAACAUUGAUUAUUUCCAGCUGUGGAUGCAAACAGAAGAUCUACUUUUCUUAUUUCCUCUGAGGAUUGAUUUACCUUCAUAGAAAGCUGCAAUGCUUCUCCUCUACCUCCUGAGUUUUGCUGCUGCCAUCCAAGCACAAAACCAACUGUUGCCAGGCUCCUGCAACUUUGAGUCCCACACCUGCGGAUACACGUCAGACGCAGACUUCACGAGCUGGAUCCUGCACAAAGAUGGCCGUUUUGUAGCCGUGGAUGCAGCCACUUCAGAUCUCCAGGCUGAUGGGUCAGGUGCAGAUGCUGCUGGACCUCAGAAAGAGACCACGGGGAUCCUGCUGAGCCCAGCUCUGGAGCAGGACGAGUGGAGCUGCCUGAGGCUGGUCUACCAGAUCACCGGGUCUGGAGGCCUGGCGGUCCUGCAGCGCACGGAGGGAAAGAGCUUCGACAAGCCGCUGUGGAGCAGCCAGGAGACCUCUGACAGCUGGGUCAUCUCGAGCAUGGACCUGCAGAACAACACAGAGCCUUACAGGGUUGUGGUCGAAGGUAAACCUGGAGGGAUCCCCGGGAGCAGCGUGGCCAUCUUUGAGAUCCACAUCAGUCCAGGAUACUGCCUGGAUUGUGAUUUUGAAGAGUCUCACCUGUGUGGAUACAGCAAUCAGUGGAACGCUAAUGUAAACUGGUACGUGGGAGGUGGAGGCGGCCAGCUCCUUCACAACGACAUGCCGAAUGACCACACAUACAACAACAAGACAGGUCACCUCAUGUACGUGGACUCUGUCUACGCCAAGACCUUCAAAGAAGUGGCGAAGCUGGUGUCUCCCAUGACGAGGGUGCCGAUGUCCGGCUGCCUGAGCUUUCAGUACCAAAGGAGCGAGGAGAGAGGGAACCUGUUCUCUGUGUUCACCAGGGACAGACUGGGUCAGUACCAGGAACUGUGGAGAGCGGAGAAAGAGAACCAGAACGAGUGGAGCAGGACGCUGGGAGAAUGGAUACCUGUGCAGGUGGAUCUGAAGGCACCGUAUUCUGUACAGGUGGUCUUUGAAGUGGCCUUUAACAGCCAGAGAGGAGGACGCGUAGCAGUUGAUGACAUUUCCUUUUCUCCAGAGUUCUGCAGCACAGACUCCGAGCCAACCUUUGACCCCUCCAUCGUCAACUGUAACUUUGAGUCGGGUCUCUGUCAGUACGCCCAGGACCAAGUGGUGGGGUCCUGGAGGAGAGUGUCUGUAAAGCCAAACAUAUUCAGGAACGGAGAUCAUACCACAGGAGCCGGAUCUUUCUUGUUGGCUCACUCUCGGCUGAACCCGAGCUCUACUUAUGUUAACCGCCUGAUCGGUCCAACUCUCCCCGGGAACACAAAUUUCUGCCUGAGAUUUUACUUCUCUCUGCGGGGAAUAACUCUGGCAACGGCAGGUUUCAACCAGACGGACCGAGCUCUCGCUGUUUAUCUGCAGCCACUGCAGCAGAGCAGCAGCCAGGAGAAGAUCUGGACUCAAGCAGAGAAAUCCAGAGGAAUCUGGAUCGGGACAGAUGUCACUUUCCAGACAUCACAGCCUGCCAAGGUGGUCUUUGUCAGCACCUGCAGGAGCUUCUGGGACUGCGGCUCUGUGGCUUUGGAUGACAUCAGUUUAAGCCUUGGGGACUGUCAGCUAACAGCAGGUUCUUUGACGUCAUCUCUCCCGGGUCACUGUGACUUUGAAGCAGGUCUGUGUGGUUACACUCAGGAAAAGCAGAGCGAUGUUGCAGACUGGGAGCGGAGGAGAGGACCCACCCCGACCUCCUACACCGGGCCCAGAGGAGACCACAGCACAGGACUGGGAUAUUACCUGUACAUGGAGGCGUCCCCCUUGCUGCCGGGUCAGAGCGUCCGGCUGCUGUCCUCCAUCCUAAGGGGCUCCAGGGGGCCUCAGUGUCUGCGCUUCUUCUACCACAUGUACGGCUCUGGAACGGGUCAGCUCAACAUUCGCCUCAGCAAAGACGGAGAGGAUGUGCUGUUGUGGCAGCGGAGCGGCGAGCAGAGUGUUGCCUGGCUGAGAGCGACUGUGGAGUAUCGGUGUGACAGGCAGCACCAGAUCGUGUUUGAAGCCAUCAGAGGUUCUUCAGUUAGGAGUGACAUUGCCAUUGAUGACAUUGUCUUAGAAGGCGGACCCUGCUCAGAAAUGGAGAUCAAGGCCACCGUGGGAACCUCCAAUGAGAUCGAGUAAAAGAGAAGAGACAGUCAGCUGCGUAGGAUGCAUGAACCCUGUACUUUUGCACAUUACAGACUCCUGACUCCUUCAUGGCAACACCAACGUGUCGGGGUGUGGGUAAAACGAAACCUCUCAUGUAGUUCUGUUUUCAUGGGGCAACACAUAUCAGUUGUGUCAUGGUCGGCAUUUCUCUCUGCACUGUAGCAACAGAGGGCGUGUUAAACUGUGUUCCUAUCACUUAAUAUGCAUUAGAUUAAUGCCCAUCGCUCAAAUAAAUCCAGAAAGAUAUCCACGCUGA